CUAGUGAACAAGUGAAAUAAAAGCGUUCGUUGUUAUUACGAUCGUUUAACACUGUGUAGUGUUCGGAAUUGUGAAAUUAUCUUUCCGGUGCCUAGGGGUCCCAUUGGAAAGAUGGCACUACCAACCCACUUCAUUAAAAUCGGUGAACUGCUUGAAGAAUCUGCAGAGACAGAAAAUGAUAAUCUGAUUUUGGAAAGGCUGAAACUUUUGGCUCAGGAACACUUGCCAGAGGGUUGGACCGAGUGGAAGGUGGCCCAGCUGACGAAAGAACAGGUGCUAGGAAAUCCAGUGGAUCCCCUGGUCCUCAACAAAAUCAGGUUUGCACUUCCUACUCUGGGAGUAGUGAGGGCUUUUUCUCCAGAAGCGGAUCAUCUGUCGGAAAAAACCUACAGGGACAUCAAAAUGUCUAUGUUAGAAUGGGCCUUCUGCAGGGCCCUGAUUAUGAGUCCCCCAUCUGUUUCCAAUCGAAUAAGAGGUUCGGCCGCCCAAUCCGAAAUCUUCAAUCAGGCGGUUAGAGAUAUGAAACCUUGGCUAAUAUCCAGGCAAGAAGCUUCAGGCCAGUUGGGUGAGAAGUCAGAAGCUGGUUCAGAAGAAGAAAUGUCUGAAGACUCCCAUGGUAAACGUCGAAGAUAUUCUUCAAAGGAGCAAGUUGUGAAGAGACCAAGGCUUGAUCGAGUCACCCUUCUUGAAAAUAAGGUGGAUACAAUGUUUACUUCAAUCUGCGCUCGCCUGGAUGAUUUAGCAAAAACUCAAUCUACAGGGGUCGAGUCAUCGGCCGAAGAGGAAGAUGAGUUACCUUAUAAUUCUGAUCAGGAGAGCUCCCAAACUUGGCAAGCGCCAGCUAUUGAUUUCACAGAUAACCUAGAUCUAGAUUUUUUACCUGAUGUAAAGGAAGCUGCUCCGGACAUUCCGGAGCCCAGUCCAAUCAUAAAGGCAGAAGGUAUUGCCUGCCAACGUUUUGGUUCAGAAUCGUGGAACAAAAUUAGAUAUAAAGAAGUUCAGAAACGCUUGCAGGCGGCGCCAGUUUUUGGGGCUCUCAAAGUUAAUUCGCAGUUGGGAAGUUUAGCGACUAGGUCUUUCGCCUCGGACCUACUAGUAACAUUUGAUGAUACAUUAGGCACUAUCUGCCAUGGCCUUUUAAACCAAAGAAAAGCAUUAGCUGAGGUUUUGAAAGGCCUUACCGCUAAGCACCCUGAUAUUGUCGACGACCUAAAGUCGGUUCUAAUUGAUACCAAUUCUAAUUUUAAGAACUAUUCAGAUGAUCUCUUACAAUUUGUAUGUGCUCAUAGAGCAGAAACCAUUAAAUUUAGACGUCAAGCAUAUAAAACGAAAUCGGACUUUCGAACAGUCAAAUUGAACCAAAUUCCCCCUUCUUCGACGCACAUUUUCGAUGAAGAAAAAUUAACAGAUUUUUUAAAAGAACAAGGAGGUUUUUUUUCAAUGUUUUUUACAAGCGGUCGGAUAGAUCCGGGAACAGAACAUAUUCUGUCCCCCAAAAAAAGUCUCGGUUAGAGCACAAGAGACCGUCUAAAUUUCAGCCAUCGAAAUCUAAGAGCUCAUCUUGGCGAAAUCGUUCGAGUCCUCAUUCUACUACAGUUGCUUCAUAUAGAAAUCGUCGAGAAACAAGGGGUGGUCACGUAGGAAGAACCAACAAGCCGCGUCGUCCAGAAGGCAAGAGGCGUCUUUGACGCGCCCUUUGUAGCAGGUCAGAUCAAAGGGUACUCGAGCAUCUGGAAAAAGCUAGGCGCUCCACCAUACGUGAUGAAAGCAAUAAAAGGUUAUUCCAUCCCCUUUGUAAAGAAACCUCCUUCUGUUCCGUUGACAGGUGCUCUUAUAAAAAAAUUUUCCACAAAAGUUUCAGAAACUAUGUCAAAAGAAAUCAAUACUCUAAUAAAUCAACAAGUGGUGGAACCAUCGGUGGCAAAGACCGGGUUCUUAUCUCAACUAUUUUUAGUCCCGAAACAAGACGGGAAGAUGAGGCAGAUUUUCAAUCUUCGGCGUCUCAAUGGGUAUUUAAAUCCCAAGCGUUUUCGUCUGGUAAAUCAAAACAAAGUACCAGGGUUUCUUCAAGAAGGCGACUUUGUAGGGAAACUGGACCUAUCACAAGCAUACUUCCACAUUCCAGUAAAGGAAGAGCAUCGCAGGUACCUCUCCUUCGCUUACAAAAGGAGAGUAUU